AUGGAAUCCAACGAGACGGAGGAGGAGCUCGAGGAUGCGACGGAAGGCGAAGAAGAAGAGGCCAACCAGAUCCCUGACAUAGAGGAGUUCUUGGCCGAUGAAGAGCAGCAGGUGGAACCUACACCGACCUCACCUUUGCCGACCUCUUCGCCUUCACCCCAGAGGACACCGACGAAAAGCCAUGGAAAGCAUGGUCCAAGAAGCGGCUCUUCGGCUGGCAGCGAGGCUUCCCAUGCCCGAGCUCUCUCCGGCCGAGACCGCGACAGCAGAGAUAGCAAGAGCCCGAGCAAAGACAGCAGCUCGGCUCAGAAGAAGCCACGAGGCAAUUUGCCCACUGCGCCAUCGUUCAAUGGCGACAGAAGAGCUGAUCCACGGUGCUUCAAGAAGUAUGUCAACAAGGUGGACAGCUACGUGGCCCUGGCUGAGAAGAUCAUCGACCAUGGAGAGAUUGGCCUACGCCUUCACGCAGCCCUUGAAGGUGAAGCGGCUGACUUCCUGGAGGAGGUCCCUGCUCGGACCUUUGGCGCUCCAGACGGCUGGAAGGUGCUCCUUCGAGUGUUGAGGGACAAGUACGACGAGACCCCCAUGCACAAGAUGGGCACCGCCAUGAAGAACUUCUUCAACCUCCAGCUGGCCGCCGACAAGAACCUCACCAUGCGUGAAGUGGCUGAGCAUUUGGACAAAGCGGCAAGACAAUGCCGUGAAGCUGGUUUGGACCUUCCCGAUGCGGUGAUGAUCCACGUCUUCUUCCAGCACACCAAUGCCAGCUACGAGAGGCAAGCCAGCUUCCUGUUGCGCACUGGUGGCAACUAUGAUUGGGCCAAGAUCAAGAAUGCCAUCGACGUGCUCUACCCCAACACCAUGGUCAAGGUCAGCCCCUCGUCCUCUAAGGGAACUGGCUACCGAGGAAGAGCAGCACACGAGGUACAACAUUCCUCCCAAUGGACAUCGUCAGACUGGACCAUCCCCGACCUGCAGGACACCUCCAUCUCAUGGGACGAGUGGCUUUGUGACAAUGACCCCAUUGAGAUGCUCGCCGAACAGACCUUUGCCGACAUCCGUGAUGACACCUUCAUCCCGGAGCAGCUUGCACGUGACUUGGUGGGUUGCUUCAACACCCAUCGAGAGAACAGACAGAAGUUGGCCAAAGCUGUCCAAGCUCGCGGCUACUACGUCCGCGGCAAGGGCAAAGGCAAGGGCGGAGAUCGAGGAGCAGGCCGUGGUGGGAAGAAAGGAAAGGGCAAGGGCGGUAAGUCCUCAGGCAAGAACCGAGCCCGAGGCGGCCUUUCCUUGCAGGAGCUGAAGGCCAAGACCGCAUGUGCUGAAUGCGGCGCCGUUGGCCACUGGAAGGACGAAUGCCCCAACCGGAAGUCCAACCUCACGCACCACACCGAGUACCGCCAAGACGAACCUGAUGAGGCUGAGUGGCAGGACUAUGAAGGCCGAGAUGAACGCGAAUGGGAGUGGGAUGAUGCCGACUGGGACUUCUGGCACUUCUGGAAGGAGGAAGCGCAGAGCUAUGUUCCGGAGGCCUCUCGCUCAUCGCAUGCAGCCAGCAGACCUCUCAAGCCACAGACAGAUGAAGAGGCAGCCAACGACCCGGAGACCCUCGCAGAAAUCCGGGAGCUCAAGCGCAAGGCUAUGCCAUCAUCUUCGAUUGGCCUCAAGACCUCAAGUCCCAAGACGGCGGCGCCCAAACAAGUCAAGCAGGUGCGGAACAUCUAUGUGGAGCAGAACGCCAAGACCCAGAUCGAGACCGAGCACGACUCCAAGGACAGCCUGUUCUCCGACGAGUUCCUGGACACGAGCGCCUUGGGAGAUGGGAAGUCCGUUUGGGACCUUUUGAAAGAGCCUCAACCUGGACCCAAUCUCGAUGAGUUGAGGCGGAAGCGAGAUGUCUUGACGCUGCGCCGCCUGGACUUCGACACCACUUCAACGAGGAGCGCUAUGUCUUUGACCCGAAGGCCACCGACAGUGGAUCCUGACAAGAUCUACCUGACGAUUGACACCGCCUGCGAGAACACGGUGAUCGGCUCCGUCUACCUGGAAAAGGUGCUUCAGCGACUCGGUGCAUAUGGCAUCAUGCCACUGGCCGACAAGGAGUGCGAACAGUACUGCUUUGGCCCUGGUGCACCAAAGACAUCAACGAUGAGGCUGUCGGUUCCGUUGGGGAUCGAUGGACGCCCGAUGAUCGUGCGCACCUCAGUCAUCCAGGAAGACGCUGCAGCUUCCAAUCGGGUGCCCUUCCUGGCCGGUCAAGACUGGUUGGUGAUGAUGAAGGCCGUGAUCGACCUAGGCAACAACCGGCUUUCCUUGCCAGCAGCCAGCUGUGAAGUGCCCCUCUACAUCGAUGUGUCUGGCCACAUGGUCAUCUGCAUCGAGGACUAUCCAUGUACAGGAUGGCCUCCAGGUCUUUCGACCACUUUGGAUCAGUACCCUGGAGCCAUUUUCAACGUGUCAAACGACACCAACUUCCUGCGCCCCGAGCAGCAGCAAAAGGGCGUGAUGCAGUCUGACAAGAUGGACCUCAACAUGUCCCAGAUAGUCAUGGACCACAACUAUGUGUACGAGCCCAAUGAUGAUGUUUUGAACCCUGGGGUGCAUUCACGGGGACCGUGCACCCUUCCCAAUGACUACUGGGAGUACAUGACCACUUGUGGAGCUGUUGUCCGGCACCAUCGGAGGCCUCGGCGACACCUUUUCGACCCGGAAGAACUGGACAGUGGGCCCGGGACUCAAAACCUCCAGCCCACGAGAUUGACCAUCGUUGCCAGUUCGAAGCCGAGGGAGUACAUUUGGGAUACUUGGCCAACCCCACCGGAUGCUUCGUGUCCACCUUCAUUGGAGUGUUGGGUUGGCAAGACAUACUUUUUCUUGCAAGGGUUUGACCCCCACAAGAUCAAGAUCCCUGUCACCACAGCCGGAACUGCAGUCAAGUUUGAUGACGGUGCCGAGUUGCAUGUCGCUCCCAACAGUUUGAAGCCCCGUCACAACAAGAAGAUUUUGCAGUUUGAUUUCAACAGCCGUCCACCGAUUUUCGAGCACGAGAGCACGAUCCACAAGGAUUCCUUUCGUAUUCCUGAAGGGUCAUCCAGCAAGAAGUUCAAGCGCAGCCGGGCGGAAUGCUUGGAGCUGUGGGCACGCCUUGUCACGAAGAUGGACAUGCUGUGGAGCAUGCUCAUGAGGCAUCACAUCACCAAUAUCAUGGUCCGCGAGUUCAAGCACAGGGCACCAGCAUUGAUGGGCUACAUGGAGGCCAUGAUCGCUCAGGAACAGUUCCUCCAGCUCCCAUCGACUUUGCCACCUUCGACGACGGCAGCUCCGGGCCAGACGGCCAAGGCGAUCAAGGCACCCUACCCGGAGAAAGUCAAGCUAUGCCCACACGACGUGGAGGCAGCACGUCGGAUCGGGAAUGCACACGGACGUUUCAGGGAGUGCAUUCAGUGCGGACUGGUGAUGAAGGCCCUGCCGGACAACUACACGAUCCCGAUCACCCACGAGGAAGUCAUCGUCUACGGCAUCACGCACGGGGUGAGGGAUCGACCAGGCGGAAAAGUGCAUCCACAAGCACAAGGAGUGCAGCGGGACACAACGGAGUGCUGCACCAGCUUGGGAGAGUGCUACUCGCUCUCAUCGCGACCGCCUUCUGCUACACAGACCCAGCAGCACAGCAGGUCCGCGGGCCAAGCUUCGAGACACUCUUCGAGGAUGACAUCUUCGGACCAGGCCGAAUUCCGCCAGCAGAACGGCUCGGACUGGGAGUUUGCGGGGAUGGAGACGGACGACUAG